AGCCGAAGAUGUCGGCUCGGUCAUGUGAUCAGCUGUGUCCAAUCACAGCUGAUCACAUGGGACAUGUACACUGAUCAUUAGGGCACUGAUGAUCAGUGUGCCCUGAUGAUCAGUAUAGCCCCAGCAGUGCCAGCUGUCAGUGUCCAUCAAUGCCACAUAUCAGUGCCCAUCUGAGCUGCCUUUCAGUGUCACCCAUCAGUGCCACCUAUCAAUGCCAAUCAGUGCCACCUAUUAGUGCCUAUCAGUGCCGCCUUUCAGUGCCCAUCAGUGAUGCCUGUCAAUGCCCAUCAGUGUCAUCCAUCAGUGCUGCCAGUCAGUGCCACCUAUCAGUGCGCAUCAGU